UGCGACGAUAAUUUCAUUGGACUUUCUCUCAACACUGUUGUCUCAUUCCAGGAUUAUGAAGAUAGAACCAGCCGGUUCUCCGUGUUAUGCAAGUGCAAGUUCAGAAAUGAAGACGGUGAUAAGUUCAGCUUUAUUUGUAAUCUUGGGGGAUGGAAAGAGCAGUGUGGAUCAUCUAGCCACGAAGAACCAAGAAAACUUAGCUCUGAUCAUGUUUUCAUCAGUUAUAACAACUGCUACCAUGCCAAGAAAAGCGAUGAUCUCAAUAGAUGCUGCAACACCACUGCCUCAUUCAAAUUUUUUCUUACUGAUGGCAAAGCCAAAAGAAAACUAGAUUGCUGUGAGGUGGUGAAAUGUGGGAUGAGCUUGUUAUAUGCACCGGGCGAGAAUGAUUAUAGGUUGCAUGGCUUACAGGAGAAUAAUCUCGAGAAAGCGAUAUCUGGAAAAGAAGCAGAUGUAAACGAAACCGCCUUGGGUGAAGUUGUUGUGUCCAAGAAAGGCCGUUUAUGUUCACAAGAAGAAGAGCUGCUGAACAGGAAAAGAAUAAAGGAAGAAGUCUCUUUUUCUAAUUACGAGUGUACUGUAACUUCCGUUCUUAGUUACUCGAAGCCAGCAAAGCCUAAUCACUGGAAAUAA